AUGGCCAAGUGGUGGUGGGGUUAUAACGUCAUAACUCUGCUUUGUCUAUUUGUUCUGUCAGUGUACAGCAAUGAUCAAGAGCAAAUAGAGGGAUUUUUUAGUCAAAGUGGACAUACCAACAAUUGGGCAGUUUUGGUCUGCACCUCUCGCUUUUGGUUCAACUACCGUCAUGUAGCCAACACAUUGUCCAUGUAUCGCACAGUCAAGCGACUAGGCAUUCCGGAUUCCAACAUUAUAUUGAUGCUGGCAGACGAUGUCUCUUGUAAUCCUCGUAACAAAUACCCGGCAACAGUGUACAACAAUGCCAAUCGAUUAUUGGAUCUAUACGGUGAUAAUGUAGAAGUAGAUUAUCGAGGAUAUGAAGUGACGGUAGAGAAUUUUAUUCGUAUGCUCACGGGCCGUGUCUCGCCUGAUACUCCUCGUUCCAAACGACUACUAUCAGACGAUAGAUCCAACAUCUUGGUCUACAUGACCGGCCAUGGAGGAGACGAAUUCUUGAAAUUCCAAGAUGCUGAGGAGAUUAGCGCCUACGAUUUGGCAGAUUCAUUCAAGCAAAUGUCUGAAAAGAAGCGAUACAACGAGAUUCUAUUCAUGAUUGACACCUGCCAAGCAAAUACUAUGUACAGUAAGAUUAACUCUACCAAUAUCCUUGCUGCUGGCAGUAGUAAAUUAGAUGAAAGCUCCUAUUCACAUCACACAGAUUACGACAUUGGUGUUGCUGUCAUCGACAGCUUUACGUAUUACAAUUUGGAAUUUUUAGAGAAUGUGGAUCAGACCAGUGACAGGACAUUACAGGAAUUGUUUGAUACAUAUGAUCCAGUCAAGAUUGCCUCUCAUCCAGGCAUUCGCUCUGACUUGUUCAACCGUCCUUUGAACAAAGUCAAGGUGACAGAUUUCUUUGGCAACGUACAAAAUGUAGAGCUUACCAAAAGUCGAUACCCACUUGUACAGCAAGAAGAUGCGGUAAAUGAUACAGUAGCAGCAGAUUCAUUUUCAACAGAUCAACAAUCGUUCAGUACUGCAGACACAGUCUCCAGUAAACAUUUGCAUCACUCAUUCUUGGUAAAGAAAAAGACAGACACGCGUUAUUGGAUUCAAUCAGGAUUUGGUGUGCUAUCAGCAUUAGGCAUUGGCUAUGUGAUUGCAACCACCAUCAUGUCUUGA